GUGGCCCCUUGCAGCAGCGCUGGCAGGUGCCAGAAAAAAUUACAGCGGACUUUGGCUGGCGCGCAGACGAGCUGGCAAAGCUGAUUCAACUCUGCUGGUGCCAUAACCCAUUGAUCGUGUCGCCGUACAAAGUUGCAUCUUACGGGCAAUAGCAAUUAUCAAGUUGCUAUCCAGCCCAUCCAACGGAAUGGGCACAGAUACUAGAUCUGUAAAAGGCGUCCGCAUCGCCAUUGAGGGCUGCGGCCAUGGUACACUAGAUGCCAUCUACGCCUCGAUUGAGUCUUCCUAUAAGGCUCGCGGCUGGGAUGGAGUUGAUCUUGUGAUUAUUGGAGGCGAUUUCCAGUCCGUGAGAGAUGCCGCAGAUCUCUCCAUCAUGUCUUGUCCAGUCAAGUAUCGCCAUCUGGGUGACUUUCCUGAUUACUAUUCUGGUAAAAAGAAGGCCCCUUUUACGACUGUGUUCAUUGCCGGCAACCACGAAGCCAGUUCCCAUCUAUGGGAGCUCUACUACGGAGGCUGGGUUGCUCCCAACAUCUACUAUCUUGGAGCUGCCAACGUUAUUCGCUUCGGACCCCUCAGAAUAGCUGCACUCUCCGGAAUAUGGUCCGGGCAUGACUACCGCAAACCUCACCUCGAGAGGCUGCCGUUUACUUACAACGACGUUAAGUCCUUCUAUCACGUUCGAGAAUACGACGUUCGCAAAUUGCUGCAAAUACGAACCCAAGUCGAUAUCGGCCUCAGUCACGAUUGGCCACGAGGCAUUGAGAGGCAUGGCAAUUCAAACGCACUCUUUAAAAAGAAGCCCUUCUUCAGGCAGGAAUCGUUAGAUGGUACACUGGGCAGCGUCGCUGCGGACUACGUCUUGAACCGAUUACGCCCCCCAUAUUGGUUCUCAGCCCACAUGCACGUAAAGUUUGCAGCCCUCAAGAAAUUUGAUAACGAUAGCACAUCUACAGCGGCGCCGGUUGUGGCGCCGGAACCGCAGGCAGUCGCCGCUGUUGAGGCUAACCCGGAUGAGAUCGACCUGGAUAUGGAUGAUGAUGAUGACGACGCCAAUGGCAACGCCCCCGAUCAAGCACCAGCGACAACUGUAGCCAGUACAACAGUACCCGAAGCUACAAACACAGAGAGCGAGGUCUCAGACGCGUUAAAAGCUCAGCUACCUGCGUCUUUCUUUCAGAAGCAGAGGCCAAAGGGUAUCCCUGGUCAGCCCGUCCCCGAGACCAUCUUCAACAAGGAAGUGCGAUUCUUGGCAUUAGACAAAUGUCUACCUGGAAGAAGCUUUCUACAACUUUGCGACGUACAACCCCAUAGCCAACAAGAGGCCAAGUCGGAGACGACCAGCUCAAAAGGACCGCAACAUAGUCUUCAGUAUGACCCAGAGUGGCUUGCAAUUGUUCGCGUCUUUCAUACCGGUCUUGUGAUUGGCGAUCCCUCUGCGAAGGUACCCGAAGAUGAGGGCGAGGAACAUUACGCGUCCCUAAUCGAUGCAGAACGGAAAUGGGUAGAAGAACACAUUGUGCAAAAGAACUUACUUGACGUCCCGAACAAUUUCGAAAUCACGGCACCCCCAUAUGUCGAAGGAACGCCUGAGAUUGUGACAACAAUGCCGGAAGAAUAUACCAAUCCUCAGACUGAGACAUUCUGCAAUCUCUUGGGUAUUAAAAAUAUAUGGGACUCUCUGGUAGAAGAGCGCCAGCAGAGAAGAUUAGCUUUGGAAACGACCCCAGAGAUGUUUGGAGAGCAGGAAAGAAGUAGAUUUGGUGGUGGCAGAGGUGGUGGACGUGGAGGCCGUGGCGGCGGUCGAGGACGCGGAGGACGAGGUGGACGAGGCGGGCCUGGGAGAGGAAGAGGGGGCUUUCAUGGUAGAUAUUGACAUUUGACGCAUUUUAUCAACGGCGCUGGUAUGGGAUAAAAGUAUAUUUCAAGAGCGGUUUCUGUUGUCCAGGGUAGGGGCUGCCGGUUCACGGUAUGGACAGGUUUAGGCGCCAUGUGUCGUUUUAUACACCAUUGGAUUUAUUGUAGAAAUUCAAAGAGGUAUUGAGUUUGAGAUUAAAUCUUUAUACCUCUCCUUUUAUUUUACAAUUGAGCUUGCAUGGCAUUGUUAGGUAUGAACUGGCUUCUAAGUUUGCGUGACGGAGAGUACCACAUUUUACUUCUGUUGAUGGCCAGUACAGCACCACCUAGAACUUCAGAAAAUUAUUAUGAUGCAUUGUAGUCCCAUAACUACCCCUACCUAUUCAUUUAAUAUAAUUUCUUGAAAUUAUUUAAUGCUGAAACUGGCUGGUAAAGUCGCACUCAUAAUAGACUG